UCUUUUGAUAUUUUUGUUAAACAAAUGCAAAAGUAAAUCAUGUGGUUUAUGGCGAAUCAAACAAGACGACGUCGCUUCACCAUAAUGGCGAAUCCCAAAUCUCACCUCUUCUCUCUUCUUCUACUCCACUUCUCAACCGUCUCCUUGGCCCAGACGCUCUUCGUCUUCGGCGAUGGUCUUUACGACGCCGGCAACAAGCAAUUCGUCUCAUCGAAUCGUGUCGACGCUAGCUUUCCUCCGUAUGGUAUAACUCUAGGAGAGGCUACGGGACGGUGGUCCGAUGGUCGCAUCGUUCCCGACUAUCUCGCUAGUUUCAUGGGUAUUUCUCAAAUCCCUCCGAUUCUCCAUGGCACGGCGGAUUUCUCUCACGGAGCUAACUUCGCCAUCGCCGACGCCACCGCUCUCGGGUCCCCUCCGGAGACGAUGACACUGUCACAACAAGUGAUCAAGUUCUCUGAAAACAAGAACAAAUGGACACCUCAAGCACGUUCUGAAGCUAUCUACUUGUUCUACAUUGCCUCUGAUGAUUACUUGAACUACGCCAAAAACAAUCCGAAUCCCUCUGAUGAUCAGAAACAAGCUUUUGUGGGUCGAGUCAUCGCUGCUAUAGAAGCAGAACUAAAGGUGAUUUACGGGUCUGGAGCUAGGAAGUUCGCGUUCCAGAACUUGGCACCGUUGGGUUGCUUACCGGCAGUGAAACAAGCAAAUGGAAAUGUUCAGGAAUGCGUGAGGUUGCCUUCUGAAAUGGCUGAGCUGCAUAACAAGAAGCUGUUGCAGCUCUUGGUUGAACUCUCACGACAGCUCAGUGGUUUCCAGUACUCGUUUUACGACUUCUUCAGCUCCAUCCAAAACAGAGUUAUCAAGUCUAAGACUUACACGUUUGAGACAGGAAUGGCUGCUUGUUGUGGAACUGGCUCUGUCAAUGGAACCAGUUGCUCCACUAGCAAUGUAUGCGCUAAGCCUGAAGAUUAUCUCUUCUUCGACGGUAAGCAUUUGACACAAGAAGGCAACCUUCAGGUUGGUCAUUUGAUAUGGGGAUCAGAUCCGGAAGUGGUUGGACCAAACAAUCUCAGAGAGCUUCUCUUCCUUCCUCUGGACAUUACAGUCACCUUAGCUGAUAUACAGGAAGCUAUGGUCGCUACAAUGCCGAGGCAGAUCAAAAUAGAGAGUCUUUAUGAUAUCAAGAAGAUGGAAGCAGAGAUGGAGAAUCAAUGGCUUUAUGAGGUUGAUAAAGCUACCUCCUUUCUUAUCUAAGCCAGAGAGUUAUAAAGGAGCUACUGUAAUAACGAACAAACAAGAAAACUGAGACAGCUUUGUGGUUUUGUAAUAAAGCAAUCAGCCUUGAGUUUAAGAUUAUCCCAAGCAGUUUUAAAUCUGUUGUGACAUUCAGUUUUGUUGACAGAUUAUAAGUACUUAAUUAUAUAUU